UUCCAUUCACUCCCGCCCUAACUAUCUGUCGAUUCUGAUACAAAUAAUAGUAGUAUCUAUUAAAUCAAUGGGGUAUAGAGGAAAGUUGGGAUUUUUUUUUUUGGGUUGGAAACCUUUUUAUAUUUCUUUUUCUUUUUUGUUAAUUUUAGAGCUUCAACUGAGAAAAGAGCAAAGCUACAUGGAGUUUUUGCUAGUGCACCCCCCCCCCCCCAACACGCAUACCAAAAAAAAAAACCCUCUACCAUAAUUUGUAUCGUUUUUGAGUUUCUACAUUUAGUUGGCACUUGUGAGUUGGAGUUGAUUGAUAAGGACUUCUGGAACUGGGGCAAAGGCAUGUCAUAAUCGCGAAAGAUCUUAUCUUGGAUGGAAUGAACGGGGUGCAAAUUCAAUCUACUGAUUAUCCAGAGUACAAAUUGUUGUGGGACUCCAUUGCAUCUAUGCUGAAAACAUCGAUACUGGAAGGGAAAGAAUGUGUAUUUUUAUUAAGCAUGAUCACAGCUGCUAGGUUUCAGUGUGUCCCCAGAUUGUAAAAGGUUUACCAUGUACAGAAGCUCCAGAUUGUAAAAGGUUUACUAUGUACAGAAGCUUACAUUUGAGGGGAUCAUCUACCAUGUAGUAUACCACAUUUGUGGUAUCUGAUGGUUUUUUUUUUUUUUUUUUUCUUAAGCAUUCACUUAAUUGCAAGGACAACAGGAUGGCUUGACUUGUGCAAGGAUUUGGUUCCUGGGUACGGGCAUUAGAUUGAACUAGUAAUGUUAGUUAUCCUCUUUCUGACAUGUCAAACAGACCAAUAGGAAUGUAAGAUUACUGAUUUUGACUAGAAGAGGUCGAUACAAGUUUCUAGAUAGACUGAUUGGGCAUUUUUUUGUCUUUGAAAUGGUCACGGUAUUCAUUCUUUUGCUCCUUCUUCUUGUUUUACUUUUGCUUUGAGUCCUAAUUUUCUCCUUUUAUUUUCUAGUUUCUAUAGGAAGUUACAUCAUUUUUUUCAGGACACACCUCAUUUCUUGAGGUUCAAGUGGAAGUAUAUUGCAGCUUUGUUUGACCAAUCGAUAUUCUGAUCUUUCAUCGUCUGUGUAAUUGUUUUCCUCACUAAAACUAGGCUAUGAAAAUGCAUGUUAUUUGCUUAUAUUGCAGACUUUCAUUUACGCAGGACAUAUUAAACGCAGGAUAGUUAUUUGAGAGAGCUAUCAGGGCAUCUAAAUGAUGACACUGUCUGGAUUAACUGGUUGCCCCUUAAGAUAUAAGCUUCAGAUACCUGCCUGCAGUCCAGUGUAUCGAGAACGAGCUUCAUUGUCUUCCCCUGUUCAAUCUGUGGAAUUUUUCUGUAAGCAAAGAGGUAGUAGUAACUGGGCUACUUCCACACAGAGAUGUGGGCUACGAAGAAUUCCUUUAGUGAGGUGUACAAUGGAUGCUUCAUCCUAUGGUGAUGCAGCCAAUGGUUCUAGUGCUAUCUUUCCCAGAAUCAAUGUUAGGGAUCCAUACAAACUACUUGGAAUCAGUAGGGAAGCUUCUGCAGAUGAAAUUCAAAGUGCAAGGAUCUUCCUAAUACAGAGAUAUGGUGACCAUAAGCCAAGUGUGGAUGCAAUUGAAUCAGCCCAUAACAAGAUAAUUAUGCAAAAGUUUAAUGAAAGGAAGAACCCAAAACUCAACAUUAAGAAAAAGUUUAGGGAGAUAACUCAAUCUCGGUAUGUGCAGGCUGUGACAAGCAGGUUCCGAACUCCUCCCACAAGUCUCAUCAUUAAGACUUCAAUCACAUUUGUACUUCUUGGAGUUCUUACGGUGCUCUUUCCUACCGAAGAAGGUCCGACAGUUCAGGUUGCUCUUUCCCUAAUCAUUACCAUGUAUCUCAUAUAUGAUCGGCUGAAGAGCAAACUUUGGGCUUUUGCUUAUGGGGCUGGAACUUUUGUUCUCUCCUGGUUUGUGGGGACAUUCUUGAUGGUUUCUGUGAUCCCACCUAUAUUCAAAGGACUAAGAAGUUUGGAAGUGACGACUUCAUUGAUAAGCUAUGUCUUCCUAUGGAUUGCUUCUACUUACCUUAGAUAGCGCUGACUUUGAAACAACUUCACAAUUUUGUCAGGGAAAAAGUAUCUUAGUUUUUUAUGUGAUUCUUUGGUUUGGAUUUUAAAAUAUACUAGUUCCAUUUAGUGAAUGAGUAGAGAAUGGAAAAUUUCUUGUUUGUUGAAUUCUGAAACACUUGUAAUUCUUCACUUACCACCACUUCUUGAUUGAUGAGCGCCAAGCAGUUAUGAGAUCAUUUCUGCUGUUGAAAUUCUUGAUCCCGUGACAAUGCAGUCAAUGGUUUAGAUUUAUCAAGAAAUUGGAUUGAUGCAGCUUAA